AUGUCUAUUCCAGUCAGCUUAAAAGAUCUCACUAUUGAGAACAUAACCAAUAAUGUCCAUGCCAUCAAUUCCCAGUGCAGCAGUCCACGCCUGAAAUAUGUUCUCGAGCGGACCGUUACACACCUCCACGAACUCGCGAAAGAAGUCAGACUCACAACAGACGAAUGGAUGACGGCUAUAACGUUCUUGACAAAAGUCGGACAGAUAUCCUCAGAUACAAGACAGGAGUUCAUCUUGUUGUCAGAUGUGCUCGGUCUCUCGCUCCUAGUUGACUCAAUUGACCACCCCAAACCAAAAGGCAGCACCGAAGGAACCGUUCUGGGACCCUUUCACACGCACGAAGCCCAGCAUGGAGAACAGGGCAGUCUGAUAUCUCAGGAUACAGAUGGUGAGCCGCUCCUUGUGCUCUGUACCGUGAACGAUGUAAACGGACAUCCUGUUGCAGGUGCUGAGGUCGACGUCUGGGAGACAGACUCAAAAGGUUUCUAUGAUGUACAACAUGCAGACAGGAUAGGACCAGAUGGAAGGGCGAUUUUGACGAGCGAUAAGAACGGUCACUUCUGGUUCAAAGCUAUUGUGCCGGUUCCUUAUCCUAUCCCGCAUGAUGGGCCCGUCGGGAAACUGCUAAAAGUUCUGAAUCGCCACCCGUACCGACCGGGUCAUAUGCACUUCAUGUUCAAGAAGGCAGGAUUUGACCCUCUUGUCACCUCGAAUAAAACUGACAUCCUUUGCAGUGCUCUGUAUCUGAAGGAUGACCCGUACGAAUCGACCGACGCAGUUUUCGGUGUCAAAGACUCUCUUGUCGUUGCACUCGAGAAGGUUGAGGAUGAGCGACAAGCGAAUAGAUACGGCGUCAGCCUGGGAUCUGCUCGCAUCACAUAUGACUUCGUAUUGGUCACAGAUGAAGCUGCAGCGCAAUUGCGAAGGAAGAAGACCGAGGAGGCGAUGGCCGGCAUAAGUGGCACUUCCAAGUUUACUGACAAUCUGGCUGUUCCCGGUGUGGGCUGA